CCAGAAAUCUAAACAUGUCGGUUAAAAAGGACACAGUUACUGUAGCCAAUGGUGGAUACACCAUUCUCCGUAUACAUGCCACUAAUCCAGGUUUCUGGUUCUUUCAUUGCCAUGUUGAUUUCCACUCCGAGAUAGGAAUGGGUGUAAUUCUACAAGUUGGAGAGAUAAAUCAGAUGCCAAAACCACCGUAUAAUUUUCCUAAAUGUGGUAACUGGAAGUUUACGACUCCUAUAGAAGAAGAAACAGGAUGCCCUGCCAAUAGUGCCGCAGGUCUACAACUCGAGCCAAUGGCUGUACUGUUUGUAACUUAUGUAGCCCUGUUAUUGAAAAAAUUAUAAA